AUGAAUAAUGUGACAGAAUUCAUCCUCCUUGGUCUGACUCAAAAUAUGGAACUUCAGAAAUUAUCAUUUGUCGUGUUUUUAAUUGUCUACUUGGUCACCUUGGCAGGCAACCUGCUCAUAAUGGUCACCAUCAGCACCAGCAGGGCCCUAGGCGCCCCCAUGUACUUUUUCUUGUCUUACUUAUCCCUCAUAGAUGGCUGCUGUUCUUCUUGCAUGACCCCGAAAAUGCUAGCUGACACUCUUUCUGCGAGAAAAGUCAUCUCUUUUAGCGGGUGUAUGGCUCAAGUCUUUGCAGAGCAUUUUUUUGGUGCUGCCGAGAUCAUCCUUCUCACCGUCAUGGCCUAUGACCGCUAUGUGGCCAUCUGCAAGCCCCUGCACUACACCACCAUCAUGAGACGGUCAGUGUGCAGCCUCCUUGUGGGGGUGGCCUGGGCCGGAGCCUUCGUCCAUGCGACCAUUCAGAUCCUCUUUACAAUCUGGCUGCCCUUCUGUGGCCCCAAUGUCAUAGAUCAUUUUAUGUGUGACUUGAACCCUUUGUUAAAACUGGUCUGCAUGGACACGCAUACCCUUGGUCUCUUUGUUGCUGCCAAUAGUGGAUUCAUCUGCCUGUUAAACUUCCUCCUCUUGUUGGUCUCCUAUGUGGUCAUCUUGCACUCCUUGAGGACAUAUGACUCGAGGGGAAGGCGCAAAGCCCUCUCUACCUGUGUGUCUCACAUCACUGUAGUCAUUUUAUUUUUUGUGCCCUGCAUCUUUGUGUAUAUGCGUCCAGUGACAACCUUCUCCAUAGACAAAGCUGUAGCUGUGUUUUAUACAAUGAUCACUCCGAUGUUAAACCCUUUAAUCUACACCCUCAGAAAUGCAGAGGUAAAAAAUGCUAUGAAGUUCUGGGUAAAAAGGUGA